CUUACUCAGAACAAAAGCCUAUCAGUCGUCAACAAACGUUCAUGGUGUACUAGAGGGAGCUUGAACAGGUACAGUAUAUAUUAACUCUCAGAUUAACGUAAUAAAGAAAACCACUCACCGAUAAUUUCAUUUAUAUGUAAUGGUUAUGGAAUAGUUGUGAAGGAGAGGCAGUAGACAGUAGUAACUGAUAUCGAGACCCGGUGAAGAGGGCCUCUGGAACUUCACCACCACACAGGCAAACAGCUGACCAGCCAUCCAGCCUGUGCCUAUGUCUGUCUCAAUGUUGGUAUAAUGGUGUCACCCAGAAGCUAAUUAUGAGAAGGGAAGGAGCUGUUUACGUAAAAUAGAACUACUGCACUGUACAAUAUCUACCGAUAAUCCAUCAUGGAUGAAGACACAGGAUUAAGGUCACAUCGCCGUGAAAGGAAAGAAAGAAAGGAAAAGGAGAGGAGAGACAGAGAACGAGAGAGAGGAGAUAGAGAGAGAGAAAGAGACAGAGAACGAGAAGAGAGGGAUAAAGACCGGGAACACUACAGAGAGCGUGAGAAAGAGAGAGACAGAGAUUAUGAGAGGGAUAGAGACCGUAACAGAGAGAGGGAGAAGGGUCGUGAGAGAGAGCGGGAACGUGAGAGGGAGCGCCCAGACAAGAGAAAACCAGAGAUGAAGGGAAAGGAAGAACUAAAGCUGGAAGAGCUGGAGGAGCAAAGGGAAAUGAAAGAGAAGAAAGCGAAGAAGGAGCCACUGUCCUUGGAAGAAAUGGUGGCAAGAAAGAGAGCAGAAGAGGAAGCUCUCAGCCGUCCAAAGUUCUUGACCAAGGCAGAGAGGGAGACAGAAGCUCUCAAGAGGAGGCAAGAUCAGAUUGAGGAAAUGCGUAAGCGACAAGAUGAUGAGAGAAAAGCCAGAGAAUCUAUGUAUCAGGAUGGUCGACGAGAACUAGAGCAAGCACUACGACAGGAAGAUCCUCGAGAGCGCGAUCGCCACCGUCGAGAUCGUGAACCAAGAGAGAAUAAGGAGGAUAUUGAGUUAGAAAGGAAAAAGCAGCUUGAGCGAGAUGCUGUUAAUGAAAGGUAUCUUGGUAUUGUGAAAAAGAAGAAAAGGAUUCGUAGGUUGAAUGACCGAAAGUUUGUGUUUGACUGGGAUGCUGGUGAAGAUACUUCAGUGGACUACAAUGAACUGUACAUAAAUAAGCAUCUAGUUCACUUCUUUGGACGUGGACAUUUUGGUGGAUUAGAUUUGAAAGAACAAAAGAAAGUUCAGUCAAAGUUCUAUGGAAAUUAUAUUGAGCACCGUCGUACUCAGGCUGACAAAGACCAAGAGUUGAUUCGCAUUAGGAAGGAGCAGAAGAAAGAAGACAAGAAGAAAUGGGAUGACCGACACUGGAGUGAAAAGAAUGUGGAACAGAUGACAGAACGUGAUUGGCGUAUUUUCAGAGAAGAUUACAAUAUUGCAAUUAAGGGAGGGCGCAUUCCUAAUCCAAUCCGUAGGUGGUCAGAGUCCAACAUUAAAAAAGCUAUUCUGGAUAUUAUUGCCAGUGUUGGAUACCAAGACCCAACACCAAUUCAAAGACAGGCUAUUCCUAUUGGUUUACAGAACAGAGAUAUCAUUGGUGUUGCCGAGACAGGUUCUGGUAAGACCUUAGCAUUCCUCAUUCCCCUUUUGGAAUGGAUUCAGUCUCUUCCAAAAAUUGCUCGAUUAGAGGAUGCUGACCAGGGGCCUUAUGCACUAGUUAUGGCUCCAACUCGUGAGUUGGCCCAACAGAUUGAAGAAGAAACUACAAAGUUUGGAGGACCCCUGGGAAUCCGCACAGUAGCUGUCAUUGGUGGUUUGUCACGUGAAGAGCAGGGUAUGAAGUUGCGAAUGGGUUGUGAAAUUGUUAUUGCCACUCCUGGCCGUCUUGUUGAUGUACUUGAAAAUCGUUACCUCGUGUUGAAUCAGUGUACAUAUGUUGUCUUUGACGAAGCUGACAAGAUGAUUGACAUGGGUUUUGAGCCAGAUGUUCAGAAAAUCUUAAAGUUCAUGCCAGUGACUAAUGAAAAACCAGACACUGAAGAUGCUGAGGAUGAAGACAAGUUGCUACAAAAUUUCCUUUCAAAACACAAAUAUAGGCAAACUGUUAUGUUUACAGCUACUAUGCCCCCAUCUGUGGAAAGAAUGGCCAGGCAAUACCUUAGACGACCUGCCUAUGUGUAUAUUGGUUCUAUAGGAAAACCUGUGGAACGUGUCGAACAGGUCGUGUUUAUGGUCAGUGAACAGGAGAAGCGUAAGAAGUUGCUUGAUCUCUUGAAACGAGGCAUUACACCUCCAGUGCUUAUUUUCGUCAAUCAGAAGAAGGGUGCGGAUGUUUUGGCCCGAGGGUUAGAGAAGUUGGGUCACAAUGCCACAACUCUCCAUGGUGGCAAAGGCCAAGAACAGAGAGAACAUGCUCUUGCAAACCUUAAGUCUGGAGCUAAGGAUAUCCUUGUGGCUACAGAUGUGGCUGGUCGUGGUAUUGACAUCAAGGAUGUUUCUCUUGUUAUCAACUAUGACAUGGCCAAAAACAUUGAAGAUUACACUCACAGAAUUGGUCGUACAGGUCGUGCCGGAAAGCACGGAAAGGCCAUAUCUUUCUUGACCAAGGAGGAUUCUCACCUCUUCUAUGAGCUGAAGCAGCUAAUGUUAACAUCACCAGUGUCUUCAUGCCCCCCAGAGCUGGCUAAUCAUCAUGAGGCCCAACACAAGCCUGGCACAGUUAUGACCAAGAAGCGAAGGGAGGAAAAAAUAUUUGCUUAAUCUAAGUUAUAAAGUGACUCUUUCAUAAUUUACACUGUAAUCAUCUACAGGAUGAUGUUAAAUAUACUUGAAGUGUGGUUUUUAAGUAUGACUGAACACUUGUGAUUUGGCAAUGUUUAGUCAUACAAAUGAGAAGAAUAUUUCUAUAAGAUUUCUAUAAGCAAGCUAUGAUUUGGUUAUACUGUAGUUAUAUAUAUACUGUAUUUAAAUUUUGUAUGAGCAGAUAAGUACAGAAAGUACCUGACACUACAACAAGGACUAUAUAAAAAGUUAAAGAAGUUCUCUAUAUAAGUUUAUAAUUUACCACAGUAACAGUGAUUAGUGUUCACUUCAUCUUUAAUGCAGUUUGGACUAAAUGUUUUUUUAUUAACAUAUGAUAAUACAAAUGAGCAACAUUAGUAUUGUCUGUCUUACCCAACACAAUAAGGUGUUGUUGCCUUUUUUUCUAUUCACUGGCAUAAAUAUGUAUGUAAAAUGAAAAUAUUAAAGAAUUUAGAUUACAA